AAGUAAAAUAAGUUCAGAAUCAGAAAUAAAUAAUCAUAUUAUCAUAUUAAAACAAAUACACCGUUCAUACAGACUGUUUAAGAUACUGCUUGAAAGAUGUAUGUAUAGGUUUCUUAAUACAGCAUUCUUAUUGCGAUUCAUCAGCAUAGUACACAGUCAAAUACUGUAGACGUUUCCUGAAAAAUUAUUAGAGAUGAAGGCUGUGUGAGAAGACAUGUCUAUGUGCAUGCGUGAGCGAGAGAGAGCUGGAGCGAGGGAAAGAGCAUGUGUGCACACAUAAAAGAAAGAGGCAGAGUGUGAGUGCGAGCGCAGAUGAUGCUGCUCGUGGAAGGAGAUGGUGCUGGUUUUGGCGUUUCUUCCUGUGCUACAAGAUUUCCCCCACUAAGGUUUGACCUCUGCGUCCUGUCUGUUUGGCACCUCACCUUCUUGGGUAAGAGCUGUUCCUUUUUUUUUGCUGCUGGAAUCAGAUCAGGCUGCUGUGCUGUGACCGUUCCUCAUUUUUUGUGUGUUUUUGUGUGUGUCGUAUGUGCAGAGAGACACAGAACGACAAAGGGAAGGGAGGAGGGUGGAACAGGCAGAGGAUAUCAUGUGUGUGCUAUAAGUAAGGACAAGGAGAAGACAGAGUUGGAGAAGAGGGGAAACAAGACACAAGACAGAAGCUGCAGACAUCGUCUCUUUUUUGGCCAGAACCUGAAACAAAGACAAAAGAGGUAAAGCCUCUGAAGCCGAGACUCAGACGUUCUGCUUCGUUAUUCCUCGGAUUCCAUGUGCCAGUGCGAUUGAGGGCGAAUAGGAUGUCUGUGUCUGGAAAAAAGGAGUUUGACGUGAAGCAGAUCCUCAGGCUCCGCUGGCGCUGGUUCAGCCACAGCACUCAAACCUCAGCUGGGAAUGGGGGCUAUAUCCAACAGGAAGGUUUCGACCACCGGGGAACACCGGUCCGGCUGAAGAGUCACUCUCGGGACAGAGGGGGACUUCGCAAGAGCAACAGCCCUGUGCACAGCAUUCUGGCUCCGAACCCUGGACCCACGCCUGUUUAUGUCAGGCCGGGCAAUGAAUCGUGGCACCAGCAAAACAUCAUACAGCACCUCCAAGCUAGCGAGGAUCUUCCCAAGAGCAACUCACCUUGCAGUGCCAGGAAAGAGGAGGCGAAGAGCAGCCAUGAGGAUGCGAAGAGCAAUCCGGAGGAUCCCUCUGAAGAAGAAGCCACAGACAGGUUGGCUUUGAACAGUAUAUCCAGGAUGAGCUCCAACGGCUCAGAUGAGUUUUUCCAGGCCACAAACCAUGCGGAACAGACCUUUCGAAAGAUGGAGACCUAUCUUCAGCACAAGCAGCUGUGUGAUGUACUUUUGAUAGCUGGAGAUCACAAGAUCCCUGCACACAGACUCGUCCUGAGUGCAGUUUCAGACUACUUCGCUGCCAUGUUCACAAAUGAUGUCAGGGAGGCAAAACAAGAGGAAAUUAAAAUGGAGGGUGUUGAUCCAGAGGCGCUGAAAGCACUGGUUCAUUUUGCUUAUACUGGAGUCCUGGAGCUAAAAGAGGAGACAAUUGAAAGUCUUUUAGCUGCUGCUUGCCUCCUCCAGCUCUCACAAGUUAUCCAGGUCUGUUGCAACUUUCUGAUGAAACAACUGCACCCAUCCAACUGCCUGGGGAUCCGUUCAUUUGCUGAUGCACAGGGAUGCAUGGAUCUUUUGAAUGUCGCUCAUAUCUACACUAUGGAACACUUUCUAGAGGUCAUUCAGAAUCAGGAGUUCCUCCUGCUACCCACAAUGGAAAUUGUCAAGCUUUUGGCCAGUGAUGAAAUCAAUGUUCCAGAUGAAGAAACGAUUUUUCAAGCACUGAUGAUGUGGGUUCGCUAUGAUGUGCAGCCCCGCCAGCAGGAUCUAGGAGUGUUACUGGCAUAUAUUCGACUCCCCCUUUUACCGCCACAGCUUCUUGCUGAUCUGGAAAACAAUAAGAUGUUUUCAGAAGACCUGGAAUGCCAGAAGCUCCUAAUGGAAGCCAUGAAGUACCAUCUUUUACCAGAGCGCCGUCCCAUGCUACAGAGCCCAAGAACCAAACCACGGAAAUCCACUGUUGGAUCACUGUACGCUGUUGGAGGGAUGGACGCCUCUAAAGGGUCUACAACAAUAGAGAAGUAUGACCUUCGCACAAACAAAUGGAUCCAGGUUGGCAUCAUGAAUGGGCGAAGACUUCAGUUCGGGGUGGCAGUGAUCGACAACAAACUCUAUGUGGUAGGAGGAAGGGAUGGGCUCAAGACCUCUAACAUGGUGGAGUGCUACAAUCCAAUCACUAAAGUGUGGUCCACCAUGCCUCCAAUGUCAACCCACAGACACGGAUUAGGAAUUGCUGUGCUGGAGGGGCCCAUGUAUGCAGUGGGAGGCCAUGACGGAUGGAGCUAUUUGAACACAGUAGAAAGGUGGGACCCCCAGGCGAGGCAGUGGAAUUAUGUGGCCAGUAUGUCCACCCCGCGCAGCACUGUUGGAGUCACUGCUCUCAAUGGAAAGUUGUUUGCUGUCGGUGGUCGUGAUGGAAGCUCCUGUUUGCGAUCCAUGGAAUGUUUUGAUCCCCACACCAAUAAAUGGAGCAUGUGUGCACCUAUGUCAAAGAGGAGGGGAGGAGUGGGUGUGGCCACAUAUAACAGUUUCUUGUAUGCAGUCGGAGGACAUGAUGCACCAGCUUCAAGCCAUUGUUCUCGUCUGUCUGACUGUGUGGAGAGGUAUGACCCCAAAACAGACACAUGGACCACAGUGUCCUCCCUGAGCGUCCCCCGGGAUGCAGUGGGGGUGUGUUUGCUGGGAGACAGGUUAUAUGCGGUCGGAGGCUAUGAUGGUCAGACCUACUUAAACAGUGUUGAGUCCUAUGAUGACCAGAGCAAUGAAUGGACUGAGGAGGUUUUUCUAAACAUCGGGAGAGCUGGGGCCUGUGUGGUGGUCGUGAAACUGCCUUGAAGGCACAGAGUCCCUGGACUUUGACCUCAAAAAGGCGUGCAAUGUCAACUCUUGGAAUGCUCUUUUCACACAGUACAGAAAGUUCAUCAAAGCUAUCGUCAAUAGUGGAUUCAAAAACAUUCUGUUUUUACUCCGAUAUUUCAGCACUAUUAGAGACUGGGGUGGAAAAAAAAUGCUUGUAAGAUUUUACUUUAACUGUAAUAAAAUUAUAUAAGAAAAUUUCACAUUUUAUAUUAAGAAAAAAAAAAUACUUUUGAAAAUUUAUCCAGGCUAAUUUUGUUUUUAGGUAGAACUUUUCAUUUUAGUAUUAACAUCUUGUUAUUUUCAUCCAACAUUUUUGACAUUCUUCUAAUCUUUUAACUAUAUCAAAAUCAAAUGUAUUUCAAAGACAGCUGCAUACUUGUUUACUUGUGUAAUUUUGUGGAAAAUGUAUUUUGAUCUUAGAUACACAAUUUUAAAAACCACUGUGAAUACUUCCAGUUGUAUACUUGCAACCAAUUAUCCUGGUUUAUACCCAAAAUGUUUGUGGACACUCACUCAUGCAAUUCUCAUCUGAAGUUACAUUUUGUCCGAGACUAGGUUCAGCACGAAGUUACUAUAGAAGCAAAAAACAAAAAACAAAAAUAAAUAAAAUAAAAAAUAAACAAAAAACACCAAAGUAAUUAGCACGUGUUUGUAAGUCAUGAUUUUAAUGGUAAUAAGGUUUACAGUAGAAAAUAUACUAUUAUAUCAUAUUGAUAUUUCACCUUUAUGUAAAGGUUUUGUAGUAUUGUAAAUAGUCCCUGGUCCAAUGUAAUUUAUUAUCAUAACAUAUUGGCAUGCUACUUCAAUAUGUUUGAUUUCCUUUAUUAAAUGUUUUAAAGACCCCAUGAAAUCACAUUCCAAACAGUUUUGUGUUGAAAUGUUCCCUAUUCGAACUGGAAGAUCGAACGGGAUAUAUCAAAAGGCUCAUUUUAUAUUAAAUCGGCUAAAGUUUUGUCACAAUCAUGAAAAUUUUAAAUUUGUAUAUCUGCCAAAAGAUAAUUUUGUCUGCAUUUACAAAUAAAAUAACAUAUACAGCUUCAAAGCUUACAGACAUGGACUAAAUGCAACAAAACUCUUGGUAUCAUGGGGUCUUUAACCAUGAUGUCAAAAUCAGUCGCUAAAACUGUUAUAUAAUUUAUUGCUUUGUGAUACUGAUAUUCACGUGUUGUUUGACUGCCAUAAUGUUUUAUUGAAGAGCCUCAUUACCUUUUAUUGAAGAGACUUAACUGGAAUGUAACAUGCUGAUCAAGAAUACGUUUACUAGUGUGACACAUUUGUAAUACAGAAAAUGCUUUCAUUUACUUUUUCAUUGUUUUAUAUGGCAUGCUGAAGAAACUUGGGAAAUAAAAAGUUAUUCUCUUUA